GAGCUGGAUUGAUCCAUGCAACAGCCAGCUGGGAAGCCACCGUCUCUUCCUCCUGCUUAAUACUGAGCAAGGGCUGAAGCUGGCAGGUAGCAGAGAGAGAGAGAGAGAGAGAGAGAAGAGAGAGAGAAAGAGAGAGAGAAGAGAGAGAGAGAGAGAGAGAGAGAGAGAGAGAGAGAGAGGCUGAGACACAGAGCUGGGGGUGGAGAAUGGAGGCAGCAGCGAGACAGCAGAGAGAGACUCUAUGGAAGCAGCACACAGACAUACACACUGAAAGUUACCACUGAGCAGGUGAGAGUCAUCACUAUCUAGUGGCAGCAGGAUGCACGGGAUGGACCUCUGAGCUGCCUGCUGGAUCCCCCGUGCUCUGAGCAUUGCAUUGCUGGGGGGCUGGAUGCUGCUGCUGUAGUGGGAUUCCUGGAGACAGAGGUGUGCUGCCUGCUGGUGCCUGCAGUACGAACAGACUUUUUUUUUUUUUUUUGGCAAUGUGCUUCUCCCCCAGGAUCACUGCUGUGGCCACACUGGGGCAGAGGGGGGCAUAGCUCAGCUUCCCACGAGUGGACAAUGACAGCUCCAUCCUGAUCUGUCACUUAGGUUCUGGAUUGUGCGUCUCCAAAGCAGAGGAUUAGGGAUAUUCUGCUGAAGGAGGGGUGGAGGGGAUACCAUUGUGUGAAGCAUCCUCACUCAUUGCCAAGGGGGUCUUCCUGCUUUUGCUGCCUAUGGCUGUCUCCCCUCACCCAUAUCACCGGGGCUGCCUGCACUCCUAGCUGCCAGUGGCUGCCUGGCCCUUUAUGCACUAUAUACAGACAUAUGGGAGACUGUGGACCGUAUGGCUUGCUACUACCUUGUGAUCAGCUCCACGCAUCUCAGCAAUGGACACUUCCGAAGUAUUAAAGGAGUUUUCAGGGGGCCCCUGCGCAAGACUGGGACCACCAUACCGGGCUAUGCGGAAAAGGGAAAGAGCAUUGCAAACGCUCUAGAGGAUUUGAAGGCUAAUUUCUAUUGUGAAUUAUGUGACAAGCAGUACCACAAACACCAGGAGUUUGACAACCAUAUUAAUUCUUAUGACCACGCUCACAAACAGCGAUUAAAAGAACUGAAACAAAGAGAAUUUGCUCGAAAUGUGGCUUCAAAGUCAUGGAAAGAUGAAAAAAAGCAGGAGAAAGCACUCAAAAGGCUUCAUCAGCUCGCAGAGCUACGCAAGCAGCCAGACUGUGUUGCAGAUGAGGGGCCAGUAUUUAAAGCACCCAGACUAAAUGGAUCACAGGAAGAUGCAUUCACAAACAUAGAUGACAGAGUUUCAAGUUCAAGGUGUGCAGUUACGUGCAAAGGCGAAGCCAUCACCAGCAGCAGCGGUGGCACCGCCGAGAACAAACAAGACGUUUUAUUAAGCAGGGAGGUGCUGAAUGACAGCAGCUGCUGUUUUGUUGAAAAUCAGACUCAACUACACGUACCAUUCUCAAACAGCAGCAGUGUCACCAACAGGGCAAGCGUCUCGUUCUGCUUUUCCAAGAAAGCUUUACUAAAGCUGGAUUCUUCAGCAUCCGUUUUCAAUGAGAGCGUGGAAGAAGUAAAUGAAUGCAGCCAAUUACUUCACCACAAAGCCAAGCAAGUGUCUGUAAGCUUUAGACACCAUGCACACAUAAAUGACAGUGUAACGGAAAACACUGCGCUGUCUCAACAAGAUGAAACAGACGUGUCGCUGCCAGACAAUAUGCCUGCAAAUGUAGAGAAGUUUAAAGAUGACAGAAGCAGUCAGGAUAACACAAAGGAACAUAGCAAAAUUGCCCAAUCAAACAUAACAGCUGAAAUGCAAUCUCCAGACACCCGUUGCGUAGAUCAACUGAGUCCAAAAGAAGUAAAUGUUUCUUUAGAGACUGAGUUUUCGCCUGAGACUCCAGUGGAGGUCCAUUGCCAAGCUCAGAGCAAUAUACAAGAGACUUGUUCCAACAAGCACACAGUUGCAGAUGCAAUAUUAAUCGAGCAUUUAAACCACUUACUCUCACAAAAACAUGGUAAAGAGAAGUUAAGUGUAAACUCAGAGGAAGGACAUUCAGAAGGAUGUAAUGAUCAAGUUCAAAACCCCAGUGACUGCCCAGAAAAUUUGGUAGGUGAAUCCGAAAAUACAGCUGCUCCAUCCAAAACACUAUCUUUUCUUAGCGUUUUAAGCAAAGAUGGCAAUACUAUCCUUCAGUGGCCCACAGAACUCCUUUUGUUUACUAAAACUCAACCCUCGAUAUCCUACACCUGCAAUCCAUUGUAUUUUGAUUUUAAAUGUUCUAAAAAAGGCAAAAUUGGAAAGUCAAGCGAAACAGACACAAAGAAUUGCGAGAGCAGUGAACCGCCUAAAAACAGACAUGAGGAUAAAGCCUCAGGUAUCAAGAUGGAUAGAGAAGCGGAGAAUGAAACAGAGAGUCAAUCUUUAGAGCCAAAGAAAGACAGAAUGCACCUAGAGGGAACGGCAGAAAGAGAAAUGGAAUCUUAUGACAAUUACAGAGUAGCUACAGAAUACACACACAAAAGCAAGUUCAAUCAUUUCCAUGAUGACAGACCUCAGGUUACCACCCAUUGCAGUCAUUCUCGGAACUGCAUUGUCAGGUCAAGUCACCAUUCGAGAAAACGCAAAAGGUCUUAUCAUGACCAUUCCAAGAGAAGCAAAACGCCUGAUCAUAGCCGGAUUAAGGAAAUGGCAAAUUCCAAAGAGGAGUUGAAAAGAAGGAGGUUUUUACAAGAGGAUCAGAUGGUUUUUAAGGACAGGGGGUACAGCUCAAACAAGUCUAAAGAAAGUAAAGACCAUAGUCGCUUUGAAAAUAGUUUCUCUUGGGAUAACGGUGAUGGUAGUAAAGACUCAGAGAGUGAUACAAACUCUGACAUUUCCCAGAAAACAUUAUUUUCACAGACAUCCUCUUGUAGUUAUUCAGUGAGUAGUAGUUCAACUUGCAGGCAUGAAGACUUACUUAGCAAAACAACUACUCAUGAUGACUCUCCGAAAGGAGACUGCCACAUACCAGCAAAGCACAACAGCGAUAUGUCUUCUGAUAAUGACUGCAUUUCGGAAGCUGAUAAACAGUCAAAAUGUAAAUGCAGAAAUCAAAAGCACAAAACUUUUAGUAAGACCUCAAAACAUGAGUAUUUAGAACAUCUUUUGUGUUGCAAACAUGCCAUGAACAAACAUUGGUUUCGGAAGGAAAAAGAUGACUUGGGUGCAGAUUCUGUUGUUGAACGAUUGCUUUCCAUGCAAGAAAACAGCAUUGAAAGCUCUGCAACUGUGAAAUCAGGAAUCAACAAAACUAGUGCUUCCCCUGAAGAAGUAAGUCACAAUUCUGGAUCUCCCAGAAGUCCGCAUACAACAGAAUGUUUUAUGAACAGUACUGCAAAGGAGUCAUCACAUGCAUUUCAUCAUCAAGACCUGGUGUCUUCGGAAGACAUAGAACAGCAAAUUAUAGCAAAUGACAAAAAGUCCCUGAUUACAGAAUUGAUGUUAGAGAGUCAACAGGCCACAGAGCCAAUAGAAGACAUUCACGAUACUAAGGAGUAUGGUAAUAUGAAACUUAAUAAGCUAUCUCAGAAUUAUUUUGCUAUAAAACUUCCUCCCGAUGAUCAUGAAAAAGCAGGUCUGCCAUUGCAUGAUAAUGUAAAAGCUAGAGGAAAUGUAGACCUUUAUCAUACGGACCACAUGCUAAAAGAUAGGAUCAGCAGUUGCAAAUUCAACGUUUCAGAAGUCUCUAAAGUCAAUGUUACCACAACUGCUGAUAACUGUCCUUUUAAAGAUAUCAUUCACAUAGAUAGAGAAUGUAGAACUGAAUUUCCAGUUGUGGAACCACCAAGACAAUUCCUUGGUGAAGUGCAACCUUUUAUGCAAAGCCCCGGCCCAAGUCACCUUAACUUCCCAUGUGCGAUGUCCCAUCUAAGACAUUUAGGUGAAACCAACACACCAGAGACCAAAGAAGAACAAAUAAGACUGGGACGGCCUGAUGUAAAUAUGAACUUAAACCAUGUGGAAGGAAAUAUAAAAUACUUUUAUGACAGUACUAUGCAGGAUUUUAGAAAAACAGAUGAUAGUCGAAGGUUCCAUCAUAAGUCAACUUCUCCUCCUCUAGCACAACAACCUAUUACAUUCUCACCAGAAGAAGUAGACAAGUAUAAGCUAUUGCAAAUUCAGGCACAGCAGCAUAUGCAGAAGCAGCUGAUGACAAAGCAUUUUAAAGCGUUACCCACCAAUGGAUCAUCUGUCUUCUCAAGUGCACAAACUAUUCAGCCCGUUUCAGUCCAACACCAUCCGUCUAUCACCACCAUCCAUCAUGCUCUCAUGCAGCGAUAUGCUGUGACAGCUUCCAUGCAUUCCCAUGUCAAUCACUUUCCAUUGCCCCAUCUAAAUCCAUUCCCCCAGUCACAAUUUUCUCCUAUUACCCUUUCUUCAUCAUUAACACCAACGCUCUUUCCAACGCCUGCACCGCUCAUAGGUCAUCCUUUGGCACAUCCACUGCAUUUAGUUUCAGCAACAUCCAUUCACCCUGCCCACCUGACUAUUCAAGCACUCCCACAUGCAACCCUUAUCCCAACACUCUUCACUCCGCACCCCAACACAGGAAUGCACCCUACAAUACAAUUGCAUCCUCUAAUUCACCCACUGUUCCAAGGGCAAGAUUUUCAUCACCAUUCUGGGCCUAGUCACCCUCAUUAAUAUUUGCUAGAUUUAAAUUUACUCGCAUAAUAGAGUACAUAUUGAAGAUUAGAUUAUGUUACAUUGUUAGGUUUUCUUUUCUUUCACUACUUUUUGAUUUAUCUUUUUUUUUAGUAGAAAUGUUUUAGUUUAAUCCAUGGUAAUCUACUUUUAAGAUUUUAAGAAUUUAUGUUUAUUGUAGUUCUUGAUUGUCCAUUUGAUAUGGUAUAUGAUGUGAAUUUAUUAUAA